AAUUUUGUUUGUAGAUGAAUUCAGAGAUAGAUCUAAUAUCUGCGGUGGAAGGAACAACCCACAACGCAAUGUCAACGGAUUCCACAACUUUUCGGGAUUCGUUACCAAGCCAAGCUUCGCCUGUGGCCAACUCAACCCCAAUUCGAGCUGAGCGACUGACUGGUGGACAGCCCCGGCUUUCCGUUGCCUUUGACUCUCCGUUCAUGCGUCGCAUUCCACUAUCUUUGGCCCACAUAAAGGGACGAUCAGGUGUUAUUAGGCAGCCCUCGGUUGUCUACUCGCCGAAUUUCUUGCGUCGCAUACCCAGAACUUUCUCCCAGAUCAAGGGACGAACAGUUACAAAAAUUACCCAAAAUCUUAAUCCAAAUGCAAAAGAUACUUCGAGUUUGAAUGAAACCAACGCAUCGCCCGUGGCUCCUGAAAGCACUUCCCUUGAGCACUUGUUUGAAGCUGAAUUGGUAGACUUGGAAGUGGUUGGGUCAGCUGUGGAAGCCGUUGGGUCAGCUGUGGAAGCUGUUGGGUCGGCUACAGAAGUUUUUGGAACAACAUUUACACUCCUUGGAGAAGCUAUGAUCUCGGAGGAGCAGCGGGUGCCAGAGACACAAGCCGUGCCAGUGGAAGAGGAAAUGACGGACAAAAAAGCCACAUUCCCAUGUUCUAUAUCAUAGCCUAAAUCAAAUGACUCUUAAAGAAUA